GGAGCCGCGCAGCCCAGUCCCAGCCGAGCGGAGUCUGCGGCCGUGCCUCCCUCGCGGUCCCCGCCUGGAGCCCGGCACCGCCGCCUGCCGCCCCCGCCGGCCGCGCCGUGACGCGGGCAUGAGCCUGCCCCGUGGCCCCGCCGAGCCAGCGCCCCCGGCCCGGGCCUCGGCGCCCAGCAGGCGCCGGGCACAGGAGCUGCUAGAACAAUGCUGACGCGGGCGAGGUGAGGAGCGGCCCGACGACAGACGGGCGCCACGCCGGCUCCUCUGAACAGGUGACCCAGGUGAUCGGAGGAGUCCAGACCCAGGCCACCUGGGCGUCCCUCCCCUGCCUCGGCCAGCCUAGCACCCCGGAGACGGCGGGACAGCCAUGGCGACCAAUUUCAACGACAUCGUCAAGCAGGGCUAUGUGAAGAUGAAGAGCCGAAAGCUGGGGAUCUACCGGAGGUGCUGGCUGGUGUUCCGGAAAUCCUCCAGCAAGGGGCCCCAGCGGCUGGAGAAGUAUCCGGAUGAGAAGUCUGUGUGCCUCAGAGGCUGCCCCAAGGUGACAGAGAUCAGCAAUGUGAAGUGUGUCACACGGCUCCCCAAGGAGACCAAGAGGCAGGCAGUGGCGAUCAUAUUCACCGACGACUCUGCGCGCACCUUCACCUGCGACUCAGAGCUGGAGGCAGAAGAAUGGUACAAGACACUGUCUGUGGAGUGUCUGGGGUCACGGCUCAAUGACAUCAGUCUGGGAGAGCCUGACCUCCUGGCCCCAGGGGUGCAGUGCGAGCAGACAGAUCGCUUCAAUGUCUUCCUGUUGCCCUGCCCCAACCUCGAUGUGUACGGCGAGUGCAAGCUGCAGAUCACCCACGAAAACAUCUACCUCUGGGACACACACAACCCCCGCGUGAAGCUCGUCUCGUGGCCCCUCUGCUCGUUGCGCCGCUAUGGCCGGGAUGCCACACGCUUUACCUUCGAGGCUGGCCGGAUGUGUGACGCUGGGGAAGGGCUCUACACCUUUCAGACACAGGAGGGGGAGCAGAUAUACCAGCGGGUCCACAGUGCCACCCUGGCCAUCGCCGAGCAGCACAAGCGGGUCCUGCUGGAGAUGGAGAAGAAUGUGAGGCUGCUGAACAAGGGCACUGAACACUACUCAUAUCCCUGCACACCCACUACCAUGCUGCCCCGCAGUGCCUACUGGCACCACAUCACGGGUUCCCAGAACAUAGCCGAAGCCUCCAGCUAUGCAGGUGAGGGGUACGGGGCAGCCCAGGCCAGCUCAGAAACGGACCUUCUCGACAGAUUCAUCCUGCUAAAGCCAAAGCCCAGCCAGGGGGACAGCAGCGAGGCAAAGACCCCUUCCCAGUGACAGCAGGGCUGGCAGGCACCAAUGACUGUUGGGGGCUGCCUGUUGCAGGACAGACUACAGCCUACUGUGGAUGGCCUCAAGAGGCUGUUGGCCAAGACCUGGAGAAAGGGAGCAAGCUGUUCCCUCCCUGCCCCCGAGGGUGAGGCUGGACCAAGGCAAAGCGCUGGCCACACUGCCUGAGCAUGUGAGGGGCCGGAGCCACCAUGGACUAUAUCCUGUUGAUGAUUUUAAUAUUUAUGGCUUAUGACAUAUUCUAUAUUAAGAUUUUCCCCCUGUCCCUUCCCGCCAACACAUACAUUUUUAAUCCCAUGACCAGGCCAUGGUCAAGGCUGUUAUAAAGAUUAUGAGGGCAGCUGUUUGCCUGUCCUUUGUGGUACAGCCCUCCUGCUGCCAGGACCUGCUUGAAUUGCCAGGGCCAGAGGAGGGGGACAAUCAGAACUCAAGGCUGGCAUUGCUUGCUGACUUUUCCCAAGCAGCCUAGUGGCCAAGACAGCAGGUGGCUUCUCUGUUCCUUUGGGCCUGUAGUGGCACAGGAAGGAUCCGAACUUCCAGAAUGCCACUUAGCAGCCUUGCACUUGGAGUUUUAAGCAGAGGUGACAUCUGGUUGAUGCCUCAGGUGAAAAAUCUGGUUUUAAAAUGUAAUUUCUGCACAGGCUCCUUCCUGCUUAGCAGGAUGAGAAGAGGUCCUCAGGGUAGGGGUGCUUAUUACCUCAGCCAGGUGGAGGAUGGCUGGGGCCCGUUCCUGCCCCAGGGCCAGGCCAGGCGGCUGCGGCAGGACUGCUGUGGGGAGCACCCCUGCUGCCCUCUCAUUGACUGGGGUACAGUGCCCCAGGAGAGGGAGACCCUCUGCCAUGGGUUUGGCCACCCUAUGCCAGAGCACUCAAACCACCACUUCCCCAUUUCUCUUCCCCACAUGGUGCUGAGGCUCCCUGCUGAAAUGCAAUUAAAGCAAUUGAUUUUCUAGUGCUGGUAUUUAUUGACUACCGUUGCAGAAGGGCUAUCUUUCUAUUCACAUCAAACCUUUGGUUGCGUGGUUUUUGUUUAUUGUUUUUUAAUACUUUAGGGUUCGGAUUUGUGGGAACAGACCUUCUUGUAAAUAACCACUAUUACUUUUGUGGCAGGAGAAUGCUAAAGCAAGAGGACCCCUCCCAAAGGAGCCCUAGAGACAGGGAGGUGGCACAGCCAGCUCAGCUCUGAUGUGACCCAGGGAAUGACCACCCAGAGUAAGCUAGUCUGCAGCGGGAACUGGGGUCCACAGGACUGGGUCUGGUGGUAAAGCUGGCUGGCUCAGCUAGUGGCACGAUGACGCAUGAAGGAGAUUAUGUUGUGCUCUUUAUUGCCAAAAAUAAAAACUUUUAAAAAAGACAA